AUGUCCAGUCUAAAGCAAUGUAACCAUUCAACUGGUCAUGACGACCAACACCGUACUCGUCUAAAAUGGUGGUGGUCAAAGUCUACACCUGUAUAUAAUAGUCGUCGAGUUUUUGUCAACCUUCCACUUCCUUCACAACUUGCGCAUCCUGAUGGAACUCCUAUUCAAGUCUAUCCGCCCAACACUAUUCGAACUUCUAAAUACACUUUGUUAUCGUUUAUUCCAAAGAAUUUGUUUGAGCAGUUUAGAAGAGUAUGUACUGAAUUCUACUUUCUUAUCAUGAUCGUCAUGCAAGCAGUGCCGCUAUUCACUGUAGCAUCAACCCCAUGGAUGCCUGCUCUUCCUCUUAUUGUCAUUGUAGUCAUCACUGGUAUCAAGGAUUUGGUGGAGGAUUCGCGACGACAAGCCUCUGAUAGGACCUUGAAUAAAAGCACCAGUCAUGUUCUAUCUCAGCAAGUAAACACCAAUUAUGCACAUUUCAAACGCAAAUUACCCAGUUUCAACAAUAAGCAACAUCCAUAUUCAACUCAAGACAAGCACGAUGAAUCUAAAACUUGGCCAUCAGAUCCUAACUGGGAAACCGUAACAUGGGGGCAGCUGAGAGUCGGUGAUAUAAUUAUGCUUUCUGAAAACGAAUCUAUUCCUGCAGAUAUUGUCAUUCUAUCAUCUAGCGAUGCAACUGGAAUUGCAUAUGUUGAAACCAAAAAUCUGGAUGGUGAAACCAAUCUGAAAACUGUAGAGGCAAUCAAGGAAACAACUCAUCUUCAUACUGCUGAGGAUUUUUUAAAUACUUCAUUAGUAAUCGAGUCCGAGUUACCUACUUUAAACUUGUACUACUAUAGUGUCGUGGAUGCGUAUCCAGGAUCGUGCAUCUCACCCAUAAAUAUCCAGAAUAUUCUCCUUCGUGGUGCAGUUGUUCGUAAUGUCGACCACAUUGUCGGUGUUGUUAUCUCCACCGGAAGCGAUACCAAGGUUGUAAUGAAUAGCGGCUCAACACCAUCUCCACGAAGUAACAUUGAAAAAAGCAUGGACAUCCAAGUCGUACUCAAUUUUUUGAUUCUGGUGAUACUAAGUACGCUGAUUAUUAUCAUGGAAGGUCGGAGACUAAAUCGGUUCAAGCAUCACUUUGGAUCAAUUAAUUAUGAAAACAACACUUUAAAUAGUAAACUAGUGCUUUUUGGGGCAUGCAUUAUUAUGAUGCAAAAUAUUGUUCCUAUUUCGCUCUACGUGUCGUUGGAAGUCAUGAAAUCUUUUCAGUCUUAUUUUAUUUAUCAAGAUAUCGACAUGUACGAUACAGAAUCAGAUUCUCCCUGCAUUCCGAAAUCCUGGAACAUUACUGAUGAUCUUGGACAAAUCGAGUAUUUAUUUUCCGACAAGACGGGCACCCUGACUCAAAACAAAAUGGAGUUUCGUCGAUGCAGUAUUAAUGGUGUUAUUUAUGGCCAAGAACUUGCCCAUUCAUUUAGUGAAACUCCAGUCACACACAUGCUACAGGAUCAUUCGGAAUCUCUGCUUAAAGGCACACGCAAAUAUAUGGACGAUGUAUAUACAAAUCCCAUGAUGUCUAAAGAUGCGUCAUUUGUGGAUGAUUCUUUAUUCAGAGAUUAUUUGAACGACCCUAUCCAGAAACAAUGCAUUAUUGAUAUGUUUACCGUUCUUUCUGUGUGCCAUACCGUACCUACGCCCACUCACCAUGCAACAAAGAUGCUUCACUAUAGUGCUCAGUCGCCUGAUGAGGGUGCAUUGGUAUCUGGAGCAAAAGAUGUUGGAUUUACCUUUUUGCGUCGCGAGUUGAAUCGGCUGCAUAUCAAUAUACUUGGAAAUGAUGAAUGUUUUAUACUUUUGCACGUGCUCGAGUUUAAUUCUACUCGCAAAAGAAUGUCAGUGAUUGUUCGCAAUCAGAAGCAGCAAAUAAUUUUGAUGACUAAAGGUGCCGACAGUACUAUCUGUCAGCGAUUAGCAUCGGGUCAAGACGCGAUGGUGGAGAGUGUGUUGAAACAUCUGUCUUGUUUUGCAACGGAAGGACUGCGCACUUUGUGUAUUGCCCAGCGGGUUCUUUCUGAAGCAGAGUAUUCCAACUGGCUUACAGUUCAAAAAGAAGCAUCUGUAGCUCUAUCUGGGCGAGAUCAACUACUUGAUGCAGCUGCAGAAAUGAUUGAAAAGGAGCUUGUGCUUCUUGGUGCAACUGCCAUUGAAGAUAAACUGCAAGACGGUGUACCCCAAACUAUAUCUAUAUUGCGUGAAGCAGGAUUACGUAUAUGGGUGCUCACUGGUGACAAACUUGAAACAGCAAUCAAUAUUGGAUAUUCAUCCAACUUACUAUCUGAGGAUAUGACUCUACUAGUAGUCAGCGGCGUGAGCUCUACCGAUGUCUGUGAGCAACUGGAGUAUGCAUUAAAGCACUUUCAGUCUUCGCAACAUCCAAGCCGCGGAUACUUGAAUUCUAAAGCCGCAUUUGGAGAGUUACCACUGUGGUUAUAUAAGUGGUUUAAUCCUCGAUUGGCUGCUCAGCGUAAUCGUUGGAAAAUCCUCGACUUACUUGAGCCAGUUCAGUAUAAAAAAGUGGCUAUGGUGAUGGAUGGAGAGUCGUUGGAUUAUGUAUUAAAUGACGACCAUCAGAAGGAGAUAUUUUUGAAGCUUAGCGUUUUGUGUAAAAGUAUUAUUUGCUGUCGAGUCAAUCCAAAACAAAAGGCACGGGUAGUUCAACUCGUACAAGAUGGACUGGGUGCCAUAUGUUUGAGUGUCGGUGAUGGUGCAAAUGAUGUCAGCAUGAUACAGCAAGCAGAAAUUGGCGUGGGCAUAUCUGGUCGAGAAGGAGUUCAAGCAGCACUUGCCAGUGAUUUUGUUAUUGGGCAGUUUCGAUUUUUGUCCAAACUACUAUUGAUUCAUGGACACUGGUCGUAUUAUCGUAUUGGCGAGUCUAUUCUCAAUUUCUUUUUCAAAAAUAUGACAUGGGUGUUUGCUCUGUUUUGGUACCAGUCUGCGUCAGGGUAUACUGCGAUAAUUUUGUACGAAUACAACUACAUUUUACUAUUCAAUCUGAUUUUUACUGCUGCGCCGCCGCUUAUUAUUGGUAUAUUUGAUCAAGAUUUAACUGAAGCACAAAUUUUGGCGUUUCCACAAAUUUAUCAUUUGGGGAUGAGCCAAUAUUUUUUUAAUUUCAAGCGCUUUCUACUCUAUAUGUCCGAAGCCAUUUACCAGUCCUACAUUAGUUAUCAUUUUGCCCAAUUGAGUUUUGCAGAUAUUCCAAACACUGAAGGACUUGUGGCUGAUCGUCUUAUUCUUGGAACUGUUACUGCUCUCAAUGCCAUUAUUGCAAUUAAUUGCACUAUGGUGAUGAAUAUCAGGUCGUGGACGUGGAUAAGUGCUAUAGUCAUGUUUUUUAGCGCCAUUUCGUUUCCAGCAUAUCUACCAUUUCAUUCAAUGAUUGUCAGAAACUUGCCAAAAGGGAUUAUUUCUGCUUUAUUUACUGAUCCAAGAUUAUACAUCGAGGUUGCAUUGUGCACUAUAACAUGUCUUAUUCCGCGUAUGAUGAUAUUGAGCUGGAAAUUGUUUGUUUCGCCUUCUGAUAUAGACAUUAUUAGAGAAAGCAUGGUGAGUUGGUCUUGUUUUGAUUGCAUCAUUAUAUUGUAUUGUCAUCAGCUCAAUUCUGUAUACAUGCUAUUUAGAACCACUCUUUAA